ACAAUUCACCCACUCAUUAGAGGAGUUAAGCAAUGGAAUGAGUUGCCAAGGCGUAUUUUGCAACCAAAAAUACCACUGGGGAUACUCAAGACUAGACAAGAAGAAGAAGAAGAAGAAGAAGAAGAAGAAGAAGAAGAAGAAGAAGAAGAGGAAGAAGAAAUAAUAAAG